GAAAUAGUAGACGAAGGCUGCCAAGUGCGGAUUGCGGAAGACCGAAGGGAAUACAGAACGAACGAAGAGAAAGCUGAAAACUGAAAGCGCCGACGAGUCGACGAUCGUACCGUCCGUCCGCAGUCCGCACGACGCCCUACCCUACCAGUCCGGCAGUCAACUGUCCGCGCUACCUGCAGUAACCGGCCCAAGUUCGAGUACUCCAAAAAGCCCUGCGCAAGGAAAGAGCAAGAGCAGCGCCUUCUGCUUUGCCGAUAUCGUGAAAACCCCACGCCAAAAACGUAAAACGAACCCCAGACGGGCGACGCCGCGACGGGGCGACGUGCGACGGCCAUCUUCACUGCCGGACGGCCAGGACAGGACGGCGCACGGCGGCGGCAGGCUGCUACUCUAAAUCCUCUCAUUUCUCUUUGUCAUCAAACAAGCUAAAAGCUAUCCCUCUUAAUAAGAAGAUACUUUUGAAGUUUUGAGAAGAGGAGAUUUGGGGUUUUUUCGUAACAUAAAAAAGGAAAAGUGCUGCCUAAGUCAAUAAAGUCAUAAGUGGUUAAGAGACUGCAGACUACAAAAAGGCGCAGCGGUAGGUGAUACAAAAAGUCACAGCAGUCAAUGUUUUCUUUAUUUCCAGCACGUCUUAUCAAGUGUCGUUACUAUCGUAUAUAGAAUUAUAACUCUCAUACUGUCCCUACACAUUAUGACUUGUUUCGAGACAAAACCAUGAUCAAGUAUCCUUGAGGCUGGAGGUGGUUGACUUGAACGACUCUCGCUUCUUGUAAAGUGUAUUUUCUCUUUCUCUUUGCUACUAUGUGAUCAGUUCAUGCGCUUUUCAUUUGCUUCAGAUCUCACUCGGUUCCUACAAGGCCGCAUUCCCAAUUUUCAUCUCCUUCAAAUACACGCUCGUGUUUUUCGUCUUGGCGCACACCAAGAUAACCUUGUAGCCACUCGCCUUAUCGGGAAGUACACGUCCAGACUAGCUCUUCGCGUUUUUAAUCAUUUAAAAAAACCAAAUAUUUUCCCUUUCAACGCCAUAACCCGAGUUUUAUCUGAAGAAGGCUUAUAUUUUGAUGCUUUUUUGGUGUACAAGAGACUGAAUUUGCAAUGCCUUUACCCUAAUGAUUUGACAAUUUCUUUUCUUCUUAAAGCGUGUACCAACACUAGUAAAUCGGUUUAUAUUCAGCAGCUCCAUGCCCAUAUUUUAAAGUUUGGAUUUUUGGCCAAUUCGUUUGUCUUUAAUGGUUUGCUAAGCGUGCACGCCAAGACCCUGAAGGAUUUUCAUGCAGCUUGUAAACUGUUCGAUGAAAUGCCUGACAAGGACGCAUCUUGCUGGACUUGUUUGAUUUCUGGAUAUGCCAAGUCGGGUCAAUCUGAGGAAGCUCUAUCGACAUACUUGUCCAUGGUUAAGGAGAAAGUGGUCCCUGAAAAUGACACCAUGGUUAGUGUGAUGUCUGCUUGUUCGAAUCUUGAUUUUGUGCAGGUUGAGAAUUGGGUAAGGAAUUUGUUAGACGCAGUUGAUAGCUAUGGUUUGAAGGAUGACCAUUGUGACGCUGUAAAAACUGUUCUUAUUUAUUUGUAUGGUAAAUGUGGAAAGGUUAAUAAGAGUAGGGAGAUGUUUGACCUGGUAUCUGCUAAUGGGAAGAAAAGUGUGGUUCUUUGGAAUGCCAUCAUUAGUUCCCUUGUCCAGAACGGAUUUCCUUGGGACGCAUUGGAUCUUUUUCGGGAAAUGACAAUGCAUCACAAAUCUAAUCCCAACCAUGUUACAAUGGUCAGUGUGCUUACUGCAUGUGCUCAACUUGGUGAUUUGGAUAUGGGAAUUUUGGUCCAUGAACAUAUUAAAUCAAGCAAUAUUUCAAAUAGGAAUCUUGCGACUGCAUUGAUAGACAUGUAUUCUAAAUGUGGUUGUGUGGAGAAAUCGAUGGAAGUGUUUGACCAGCUUGCUUCAAAAGAUGUAGUCACAUACAAUGCCAUGAUCAUGGGUUUGGCAACAAAUGGAAAUGGAAAAAGUGCCCUUACACUUUUUGCGAAAAUGCUAGAGCUUAAUUUGCAUCCUAACUCUCAAACGGUCCUCAGUGUUUUAUGCGCUUGCAGUCACUCAGGACUAGUAAAUAGAGGCCGGCAGGUGUUCCGCGAUAUUAGCCAGCGUUUCUUUAUUGUCCCCAGAUUGGAACACUAUGCUUGUUACAUUGAUCUACUUGCACGAACAGGUCAUGUUGAAGAAGCACUUAAAGUUGUUAUGUCAAUGCCAUUUGAGCCGAACAAUUUUGUUUGGGGGGCUCUACUUGGUGGUUGUGUGGUUCAUGGCAAAUUAGAACUUGCCAAUCACAUCUCAAAGAUGCUUGUCCAGGUGGAUCCACAUAGCUCUGCCGGAUAUGUGAUGAUGUCGAAUGCAUUUGCCACAGAACAUGAUUGGAAGAAUGUUUCUAUUAUGAGGUCAGCGAUGAAGGAAAGUGGAGUGAGCAAAGAACCAGGGCAUAGUUGGAUUUGCUUAGAGGGAAAGGUGCACAAGUUCCUUGCCGGAUCGUUUGCAUCACAACUUCAAGAUGAGAAAAUAUGUAGUGCACUUGAGGGAUUACUGAAGGAGAUGAAGUUACCUAGUACUUAGGAUGUUGUAGUCGUUUUUAAUAUUUAUUUUAUACUACGUAUAAAAUAUUAUCACAUUGUAAAGUUCAUAAUGCAAGGAUAUAGUAAAUAUAAGGCACAAUUUGUGAAAAUGUAAAAU